AUGGACGCCAAGCCCCAGAGACCGACUCGGACCUUGCGCGCCAUCUACGGAGAUGAAAACGUGAUGCCGACGGCCGGUGCACAGAAAACUCUACACCAGCGCAACAAAUCGAGCCCAGCGCUGUCAACAAUACAUCACGCGGGUGGUCUGAAGCUUGCUGCGAAGCGGACCGCAUUUGGGGAUGUCAGCAACACAUCCAAUAUCUCUAGGCCCAGCAAGGACGACUCGGCAAUUGGCGCCAAGGGCGAUUACAGCAUCAUGGAGAAACCGAUCCCGACACAGCAGGAUAAGAAGGCUUCAUCCUUCCUUAGACCUGCACAGCGUCCCCUGUCUGUCUCCGGAUUAAAAGGUCUCUUGAAUAACGUCGCCAAUUCCACCAACCUUCCCUCGGUCAAGCAGCCUUUGGUUGACAUUCAACAACCACUACCACAGACGUCUCAAGCCGCCAAUACACGCAAGCUCGUGGCGAAGAAAAGCACUGCUGUCUUUAAAGAUGCUGUUGCCACGCAGCCCCAAUACUCCGCUCCUGAAGUGCAGAAGCCUUUGCCUACGACUGCACCAAUCGCUCCUGUCCACCGCGAACUCCAACCUCGCCAGCAACUCAAAGAGUCCAACGAGUCACAGGAAACACAGAGCAAGCACGCAGGUCAGCAUGCGGCACACGCAGUGGCAGCAGCACCGUCGGCUGCGGAAACAUCCUCUGAAGAACCCGCUGUCCUCAGAUCGGACGGCAUUUACAUUGAUCAGCAUGGACAAGUACAGUUCUACGGACUUGAUGAGUCUGUUGAGCAUGUCGAGGUUCUUCAGCCGCGUGAAAAGGGCGUGCCCCUGCCAGUGGAGCCGCUGAGUCAGGAUGGGAGAACAGGCCAGGAUCAGGUUCUUGAUGCUUAUCUUGCCGAGUCGCACCCAGAAUCACACCGAAGACCCACCUUGGCUCCUGUUUCAGAGCCAGAAGAGUACUGGGAUGAUGAGGGAGAAGAAAAUUACGACGAGGAAGGUUAUGCUACUGCCCGAUCAUUCAAAUCCAGGGGAGAAAACACCACAGGCGGUGCUACGACGAUUCUGUUCCCGAAGGUCAACCAAAAGACAAGGAAAGAGAUCGCUGCUGCCAAAGACUUGAUAGAGGGAUCUAAGACAGUGGAAGAGCUUGAGGAUGAGGCGUGGGACACAACAAUGGUCGCAGAAUAUGGGGAAGAGAUUUUCCAAUAUAUGAAGGACUUGGAGAUCAAGAUGUUGCCAAAUGCGCACUAUAUGGACAACCAAGCGGAGAUACAGUGGUCGAUGCGUGCAGUAUUGAUGGACUGGAUAGUUCAAGUGCACCAUCGCUUCAAUCUUCUCCCAGAAACGCUCUAUCUCUGUGUCAACUACAUCGACCGCUUCUUGUCUUGCAAGGUCGUCUCCUUGGGAAAGCUGCAGUUGGUCGGCGCCACUGCAAUAUUCAUCGCCGCCAAGUACGAAGAGAUCGAUUGCCCGUCCGUGCAAGAAAUUGUAUACAUGGUUGAUGGCGGCUACACUGGCGACGAGAUUCUCAAGGCGGAACGUUUCAUGCUCAGCAUGCUGCAGUUCGAACUUGGCUGGCCUGGACCAAUGAGCUUCUUGAGGAGGAUCAGCAAGGCCGACGAUUACGAUCUUGAGACGAGGACGCUCGCAAAGUACUUCCUCGAGAUCACUGUUAUGGAUGAGCGAUUCGUCGGUAGUCCACCGAGCUUUGUUGCGGCUGGAGCACAUUGUCUGGCCAGGCUGAUGCUCAAGAAGGGCAUUUGGUCACCUGCACACGUCUAUUACGCCAACUACACCUACUCCCAGCUUUUCAACCUGAUAUUGCUCAUGGUCGAAUGCUGCGAAGACGCACGCAAGCAUCACUGUGCGAUCUUCGACAAGUACACCGACAAGCGCUACAAGCGUGCAUCGAACUUUGUGGAGUCUGAGAUGAAGAGAGGAUUCCAAAUUCAGGAUGUCGCUUCACAUACAGCCGCGCCAUAUUCCGGCAUCUACGAUGAUCGGCAUAUUUGGGGCCAGAAGUGA